UCUGUGUUGUCACGAGCGGGCUGGACAGAAGUCAUGCUGCAAGCUUCUGUCUACAAAACACUGUCUUCUUACUGAAUGACUCAUUCAGGCAUGAAUCCGUUGAAGCUGUGUGUUGCUUCAGCUUGUGUUGCCUUCUCGCCAUUGAAUUCAUUCAUGCUUUGUGUUAAUUGUAGUUGCAAAUUGGGAAAGCAGCAUGCUCUCCUCCUUUUGCUCCCAGAUGGGAAAAACUGCUGUGAGUACUGAAAGUCUGUGACGAUGAACUAGAUUGUUUUGUCCUGGGAGAGGAACUACUUCUCCUGGGUGGUGUGUAAAGGACAGCAUUAUGGCAUAAACUCUUGCUUAUAAACAUGUUUUAGUGGGCAGUGUGACGCAGUUUCAGUUGAAUUUCCCUGCUUGGGAUUUGUUUAAUCUAUCUUCAGGUGGGACAUGCGGAAGGAGCCUCUGAAGCUUCACUAAAAUCUCCAAAAAAGGAGUGUUCUCAUCUGAAUGAAUAUCUAUAAACUGGAGAUAUUCUGCAUUUUUGGUAAAUUGUGAGACACUUGUUUGUUAUAAGGAUUUAACACUGACAUGUACAUCGCGAGUUAAUCCAAAGAUGGUUAUCAACCUGCUAUCAGUCAUUUGGACAGAUUCCAGCCGCUCUUCUGUCUUCCACCAGAGUGUGGGUGUAGAAACCAGCUGGUCAGUGCGUGGGAUGUCUUAUUUACUGUUUCAGUGUGUUGGCACAAAAAGAUAUUGGGACUUUUUUCCCCCCAUUUCUCUACAGAGAAACUCUUGGAAAAAAAUCCUCAUUUUAGCAAAUUUGGUUUGACCCUUCAAAUGGUCUAAAAUCGCAGUUUUUGAAUGGACCAGACAGCACAGGGUUGAAGCAUUGCCAACCUCCCAUGUCUCUGUCUCAAAAAUCAUCUUAUUGGGACUCAUUAUGCAAAGGAAAGCUGCAGUACCACAAAGCAUUAAGGCCAGAAAUGAGAGAAAGCUGUUUCCUCAAAAACACCAUUAAAGACUAGUACAUCAGCAUUAACCAGUUUAAUAAUGAUGUUGUUUUUAUAGUCCCAGCAUUCUGUUCCAUUAUGUUUUUAUUCUAUAUUAAAAAAACCUUUGUUGAGCAUCUUUUACAUUUUGCUCUUCUCAUUAAUUCAAGAGUCUGGAGUUAGUUGGAUAUGUAAAAGAGAUGCACAAUAUCAGCUCAGAAUUGGUUCUGGCAGAUUAUGGCAUUAAAAAGUAUUUAUAGAUAUAAGCAAAAUAAAAAUUUCAGCCGGUAGUCUCGCCACUUAAGCUCUGACUUGACCCCCACCAUGACCAAAUAAAUGACCUAAAACAAAUACCAAUAAAGAGGUGCAUUACAUCAUGAAAACAGGCAAGAAACCUGCUGUUUAAAAUCAUUGGGAAUUAAAUUGUCAUUUACCUACAAAUCUGUGAUUAACUCUGAAACUGGAGAGUCUACAAUAAAGGAACACAAUGUAUCAAACAUCAUUUAUAAGUAUUUGCCAACACAAAUAUUGGCAAAAAAGCAUCUAUGACAAUCCACCCCACCCCCAUAAAUAAAUAACAUUUGGUUAAAUCGUUUCUGAACUGCUGACAAAUCAUCAAGAACUAUGACAUUUUUUUAACUUUUCGCUUUCUUGUAAUAGAAAGGCACACAUAUUCUGUAUCUUGCAGCUAAAGCUGCCCAAAAAAAUUCUUACAUAAACCAUUCUAUUUUAAAAUAUUCAGCAGCCAGGGUACAGGAAACGAUGGAUGUUAUUAUUAUGUAAGAGGUAAAGGAUACAUAUCUAUAAUUGUCUAAUAUAAAGUUAUCUCCUUUAUUGAAAACCUUUGUUUAAAUUCUUCCCUAAUUUUUUUUACUUUUUGUUGUUUUUUUUACAGAUCUUCAUCAUGAGAGGACAGAGAAAUCCCACCUUCAAAUGAGCUUGCGAAUCAACAUCAUGUCUUGCAUUAGGAUUGGCUGAGUUCUUCAUAAUGGGAAACUCUUUCUCAGCACUCCUAAGGACUAUCAAUGCAUCCCACUACUCAAUAUUACUGAAAUUAUUUGCAAUUAAGCAAUAAUUUUGACACUAUGAAGCCUGUAUGUACGUGAGUGGAUGUUUUGAAGGAAUUCACCAAUGGUAGACCAAGUUGAUGUUUUAUCUGUGGUCUUAUAGCCUGGUUUAGGCAGAUUCUACACAUUUGUCUACCUAAGGCAGUCCCACUGCUUUAUGGAGGCCUCCCAUAGUCCCCUAACCACUGGGGAGCAGUCCAGAUGUCAAGAGCAUUGUCAGCCAGAGUCUCCUCAACGAGCCCCAAAGCCUAAGUCUCCUUCCCACCACCACGAAGAGGAGCAUGACAUUCUCCCAAAGCCCCAUGGCGAACCACAGCAACCCAAACAAUCCAAAAGACAAAAUCCUGAGCGUAAGCGCCUCAGGCACCAGCAGCAGGUCAUUGACCCUGAUGCUGUCCUGGAACACAAACAAGAAGCAUGGGCAGCACCAAAAGAGCAGAUGCAUUCCGGUGUCUGUCCAGCUGACCUUCCUUUGUCGGUGGAUAUUCCUAACCAGCCUAAGUCUGAAACCCAAGAGGACAACCCUAAACAAAAACGGGAGCGUAAACCUCAGAGACCAGGCAAAUAUGUUUGCACAUAUUGUGGCCGGGCAUGUGCAAAGCCCAGUGUAUUACAGAAACAUAUUCGCUCCCACACAGGUGAAAGACCCUAUCCCUGUGUCCCAUGCGGCUUCUCUUUUAAGACUAAAAGUAAUCUAUACAAACAUCGCAAAUCCCAUACUCACAAGGUUAAGGCAGGUCUGACACUUGGGAAGCCAAAGUCUUUGGAAGAACAAGUCAUAGAAUCAGAGGAGGAAACUCGGCAGCUAUCAUCGAAACUGGCAGAUAGACAGGGGACAGUAAGCUCACUGAAGAGCCAUGAAACAGAUGGGGACAAAGAUUGCACUGGAGGAAGCAAUGACUCCUAUGCGGUUAAAAAGAGACUGGCCCUACGUCUCAGUCGAGGGAGACAUGCACCUCAGGACUCGUCUGACGACAAGACUUCAUCUCUAUCAUUAGGGAGCAAAGGCAGUACGGAAUCUGGUUAUUUUUCUCUGUCUGAAAGUACAGACCAGUCACUUGAUAAUUUACAGAACACAAGUGCCAAAAGCUACGCAGAGAUCAUCCUUGGUAAAUAUGGGCGCCUCGGACAUCUGGAGAAGCUGUCCCGUCAUCACAACCAACAUCCCUCUGGUCAGGAGGACAAAAACACCUCUUUCAGUGUACCUAAGAAACACGUUAUAGACCAUAUCACAAAGCUUAUCACUAUCAAUGAGGCAGUGGUUGACACUAGUAAACUUGACAGUGUAAAACCAAGAAGAUUCUCGCUCUCCAGAAAAAGCAGCUCAGAGUCUCGAAAAGGUUCAAGUAUCAAAGAGUCGCUUGUUGUCAGUCCCAAAGCUGGAGAUUUAGGGUAUAAAAACACUGGUUCCAUCAGCAUGGGAGUUCCGUGUGAAAGAUUCCAUAAUUCAUCUAAAAAUCUGGAGCAGCCUGGUAAACAAGUACCCACUGCCUCUCUGGUAAGAAGUCACUCAAUGCCAUCUGCACCGAGUUCCUCUGACGCCUCCAGUGGCAACUCCUUCAAAUUCCGCUCAAGUCAGUCUUUUGAUGGGCAUCGAGCUUCAGAAUCCCAGAUGUCCCACCGUUAUGGAACUCUAAGACGGCAGGCAGCUGUUGAAAUCCCACUUGGUGCUGAGCCUACUAAAGAGGAGUUUGAGGUUUCUAAUGCAUUUUACCCCAGCAGCAUAACCUCUCUCCCCGACCAUAACCGAUGUCGGCCUCAGCCAUAUGAGUGUGAGGCAUGUGGUGUUGGCUGCAAGGAUUGGGAAGGUUAUAAGAAACACAAGCAGAGCCUUUGCCUUGCUCUUCAUCCUCAAAAUGACUUGGUAAAUAGUCAAAUGGAGUGCUCACAGAUAAGCAACCAUGCAGUCAGGAUAGGAGCUCCAACAGUACGCAAGAGAAGAAAAGAGGAGAGCUUUGACUUUGAUGACCCCUCAUCACCUUCUUUACCAUCCUCCACCGUCUUGUCAGAGCAGUGUCAUAUUGAAACUGGGGUGGCUCACGAUGGCCCCAGAAGGCCUACAAUGCAAACUUGUUCAGUAAUUCAACACACUAGUACAUUUGAAAAACACGAGUUAUCGUCUCACGAUACUCAAAGUUUGGAUAAAACAAAAAACAUUCCCCCUCGUCAAGAAUAUCAGCCUUUCCCUAAAAAGCAACCACACCAUCAGUCAUCAAAACUUUCCACCAGAAAGCUGGUUCGUCAAAACAACGUACAGGUUCCAGAAAUACUUGUGACCGAGGAUUUCAACAGCCCUGAAGCCUCAAAUGAGCCAGCCUCCAAUACACAAAAUCUAGAUAAACUUGAUGAGUUUCAGUGGCCGCAAAGGAGUCCUUCUCUGUCACAACUUCCAAUUGAAAAGCUCCCACCUAAGAAGAAACGCUUACGUCUUGCAGAGGUUGCCCAAUCUUCAGGGGAGUCCAGUUUUGACUCGGUAUCCUUGCCCCACAGCCCUAGUCAAGAUAGUAGUGCAUCAUACGCAUCGAGUCGCUCCACCUCAUUUGAAGAACCUAAUAGACCUGAAAUGGAGACGGCUGCAUUAACACCCUCAAGAAGGUCACGAGGACCUCACAUGUUAACAGUACCUGGGGUACAUCACCAUAGGGAGAUGAGGCGCUCUGCAUCAGAGCAGGCGCCUCAUGACCCACAACCAAGUAUUCUGAUGGCUGAGAGCCGUAGUAAGUCUUUUGACCACAGUUGUUUGUCCCCUGAGCGCUCUGCAGCUGGCUGGAAGGAAAGAACAAAGUGUCUUCUUAUAAGACAUGCAACUAUUAGGGAUCCAGAUGAGGAAGAGGGUGAGGUUAGCCACAACCCUGAACAUGUCAGAACUGACAGAUCUUCUCAGGCAAGCCCAACAUCUGCAAUUGGCAGCAGGUCCCUCUCAAAUCCUACUUCGGGAGCUAAAGUCUUGGAUAGUGAAUCAAGGGUCUCUGAAUGGAAAUUUGAUCAAAAUGUUCAAGUUUGUGGUGCCACAAAACUUUCAGUUACCCACAAGCCAUGUGUGGAUGUAAAAAAGGAAAACUCUUGCAUCCAUCCAGAACAGUUUCCUCCUCAACCACCACAUCCCAACUCUUCAUGUGGGCUGUCAGGGGCAGCUAGAGCGCAUUAUCUCCAUUCGUCUACGGGUCUAAGGCUAGAGAUUCCUGCAAGGCAGGAUUAUUCAGACAGUAAGACUGCUCAAGCCAACAAUCAGCAGUCUGGUCCUCAUAUAAUUUCCAGCUUGGAACUGCUAAGGCCAGCCACAUCUACAACAGUAGCAGUGCGCCUCCAAACAAACACCCUCAUCCCAGCAUGUGCCAUUUAUACUACACUGUCUCGAGCCAUGUCCCCAAGGCCCCAGGAGGCUGUUGAUGCUGUCUCACCCACUUUAGGCGUUUCACCAACUGAAUCCAGAAGCACAGGGAUGAUGAGCCUGGAUUUCCAACAGUGCGCUGACAAUGGACUAAGGUUAUCUGGUUCUGGGGGCAAUAAGCGCAUGCUUUCCCCAUCAAGCAGUAUAGAGCUCCACCCUGACUCUCAACAGCAGCAGAAAAGAGUGAAAGAGGAAGAGAAGAGCGAAGAGCAAUGCCCUGGCACGGCAACUGCUCACCCCUGCAGUGAGGAGCUUAAGCAAGAGAACCCUCCGUGUUUACCAGACUUCUGUAUGCCCGGCUCCCCCGACGACUCUUCGUUCCCCAGUUUGCUGUCCAGCACUUGUAAUAGCUGGUGCUAUCUGAACUACAUCAAACCAAAUCCUUCUGCUCUGGAUGAACAGAAGCCCUCUGUGUAUUCAUCGUGGUCUACCAGCACCUACAACCCCAACCCACCUGGGCUCUCCAGCAGGGCGGCACUCUCCCUCCUGCACUGUAAACAGCGGCUAAGCCCCUCCAUUUACACUACAUCCCCCAUGUCUGUCAGAACGACCAAGUCAACGGAGAAGGAUGACAACAAAAGUCCCUGCGCUACUGAGGUCUUUAACUCCUGCUGUAGAGACCACAAGGGGACAGAGAAAGGGCGUCUUUCCCCAGAAAACAACAGGUCGGAGCAAAAAGUAGAGGAAGAGGAGAAGACCCAAGAGGAAGAAGUCCAGUCAUGCUUCGGAAGAAAAACAUCCACACAAGUUUGGGUCUCUCAGAGAGGAUCAAAUACCCUGAGCUGUGCUGUGCACGCCGGAGACAGAUGUCGAUGUGAAGACCUCUGCAAGGAUCCCCCACCAUGUGACUGCAAGCCCUCCGACAGCUCUUUAGCAGCCAGAGUGAGCCUUGAGCGAGAAGAAGAAGAAAACAUCCCCUGCACCGUGGACUCUAGUAAAGUCGUCUCUCGAGUCCCAUCGGCAAAUCUGGAUCAACAAAAGGAUGAUCGGAGCUCUGAGUUCAGGAACCGUGCAGCUCACAGAGGUGACGAUGACGUCAAACUCAAGUCCAGCGCUCAAGACGAAGAUCACGAGGAAGCUCAUCCAGGAGACCAGCCUACAGAGUCGGCGUGUGACUCCUUCUCCUCCUCCUCCUCCUCCGUCGUCCACAAGGACCCGUGGCAGAGGAGCUCAGCCAGCGCCAGGAGGGCCCUGUUCGCCCGCCGGCGCCUCGAUGCCUCAGCGUCACAAACUUCUCACCUUCAAUCCCAGAAUCCACAGAGGGGGGCGUCUCCACCCCAUUCCCCAUCACCCAAACCGUCACAACCCCCCUCCCCUCCUGCGCCCCUCCCCUCAAGCUCCCAUCAGACUCCAGGCUCUCCAGCCAGGGGCCCUCCUUCGAGAAAGAUCCAGGAACCUCCGGACCCCCAGUAUGGAGCCUGUCCUCGACCGAGGGAGCAGCUGUCUGCAUCAACACAGUUGCGAGACGACGCGAGUCUGGCCCACAUCACCAUACAUCCACCGCGGCUACGAGGCGCCAACAACCUCCUGAGCCACCUCCCUCUGCACUCCCAGCAGUCCAGCAGGACGCCGAGCCUCCUGAUUCCCAUCGGGGGGAUUCACAUGAUUCAGCCCAGGUCGCCCCUCCCCCUGUACAGCCUGGGGGGCAGCAGCACAGCCCCCACACCCUCGCGGGACUCCCCAAAAGAGACGCAACAGGCCGCCCUGAGAGAGGCGUCCCUCAGCCGCAGCAGAACUCCUCCUCCAAGCCCCGACUCGUCCCACCUUGACACCAGAACUGUGAGGCUGGCGGAUUCCCCCCAAGGACAAAAACAGACCCCCACCUGUCGAACGCAGCUCUGAUGGGAGGAGCAAUUUGUCGGGACAGUGCAACAAGCUGGACGAUAAAGGAAAGCAUCUCCACAACGACGCGGUCAUGGAAACACGUGGAUUCUAUUUACAGUGGAGCAAAGAAGUAUUUGUCCGUCUCUGAUUCUACAAGUUUACCUCCUAAAAACAUGGAUGUAUGUUCGUCAUAGAUCCACUUCAACUGCGAGACAAAAUGUAAAAAAAAAAAUAGUCAGGAAAUCACAUUGUUUGAUUUUUGAACGUUUUAUUGGACAAUACUUUGUAAUGUAACCAUAGUUAACAACAACAGAGGUCAAAUGACUUUAGCUGGUUUGCUACUAUUUUGGUCCAUUCUCCCAUUUAGAUCUUCUCAAGAGCUGGGAUGUUAUGAAGCAACAGACUUUCAACUCCCUCCACAAAUUCUCUAUUGGGUUGAGGAAGAAGAAUCUUAAAAUGCUUUUUACGUAGCCACAUCUUUGUUGCCUGGGUGAUGUGUUUGGGAUUUUUGUCUAAAAUCUCAACAUAUAUGACCCCUUUUCCCCUUUGGUUUAUCUGAUCACAUGACUCUCUCCCAAUCCUCCUCUGGAUCAUCCAGAUAGUCUCUGCCAAACUUUAGACGACUCUGGACAUGUGCUGUAGUAACAACAUUGUGCGUCGCUAUAGUAACCUUUGUUACUUACAGUUCUAGACGGUUUCUCACCUGUACCAAGUGAGACCUUACGUCAUCAAGCUACUUUUUUAUUGUAGACUGGUUCAUCACAGUCUUUGGUGUCCUUCGAUAGCUCUUUGGUCAUGGUGGAGCGGUUGUAGUCUAAGGGUGUGAACAUUCAGAUAACCAUGAUUUUAAAACUGGGAUGGAGUGGAGGAUAGAUCUUGCAGAAUUCUUGCUAGCUUGUUGGUAAUAAAUAUUUAUUUUCUCUCACAGAUAAACACUUAAAAAAAUCAAACAAAUUGAUUUCCUGGUUUCAGUUUCUUUCAUUCCGUCUCAUACCGUUGAAGUGUCUCAUUGAUGACAGACCUCUCCCAUUCUUUUUAAGAGGGACCACUUGCAGAAUCAUGGAUUGACAAAGCCCCACGGCAUUAUAAAACAUGGCACUAUGUUAGAUAUGCAGUAUGUUUUGUAAAUCUUUUCUACCCUCUUGUUUGAUGUCAUAGGUGUUCAUUUAUUUAUGUGCUAUUAUGCAAAUUCUGUACUAUAUGCAAGAGCUGACAGCUCUGAUGUACUAUAGCUGUGUUAUUGUACUGUACUACUACCAAAAAUGGUUAAGAGUACUACGAAUAUUUAUUCACCCAAACAGUAUUUGAAAGUGCAAUUUAAUGUCAGGAUUGUGGUUGAAAUGUCCUUCUUUAAGCUGUGACUCUUCUUCUUAUUUGUCUGACUUUUGUUGUUGUCGUCUUUGUGUUUGGGCAGCAGGGUCGCCAUCAGAAUCAUUGGAAGUGCACUGACAGACCGUCCACGCUUUCCUUCAUUUGUGUCAAACACACCUGUGUUUUUUUUAAUUUUUUUUAUUUUAUGAUACAAUCACUCUGACAUUCACAUGUUUACCAUUAAACUGCUCAUUUUUACAGAUUUAUAUCAAAA